CCCCUCUAGCGGCUCCCAGGUGAAGGGCCUGGAGAGAAGGAGUAGGAAUUCUGUGGCUGACGACUAACUUUGGACAGUUCAUCGUGAGAAUGGUGGACAGUGCCUUGGUUAAAACCUUCCGGGUGCCUGCACGACACGGUUAUGCCGUGGAGCUCUCUCCUUAUUUCCCCUCCAGACUGGCCUGCGCUACCUCUCAAUACUAUGGAAUAGCAGGCUGUGGAACGUUAGUAGUGCUGGAACAGACAGAGGCUGGAAUUAUCCCUUUCAGGAGUUUUGACUGGAAUGAUAGCCUUUUUGAUGUUACUUGGAGUGAGAACAAUGAGCAUGUCCUGGUCACUGGUAGUGGAGAUGGGUCUCUGCAGAUUUGGGACACUGCAAACCCUACUGGACCAUUACAGGUCUUCAAAGAGCACUCUCAAGAGGUUUACAGUGUUGAUUGGAGUCAGACACGAGGAGAACAUCUGAUUGUCUCUGGUUCAUGGGAUCAAACAAUAAAAAUAUGGGAUCCGAUGGUUAACAAUUCAGUGUCUACGUUCCAUGGCCAUGCAAGUGUCAUUUACAGCACAAUCUGGUCACCACACAUCCCAGGUUGCUUUGCCUCAGCCUCAGGAGAUAACACUCUAAGAGUCUGGGAUAUAAAAUCAGGAGGAGCCAAGAUAACAAUUCCUGCUCAUCAAGCAGAGGUACUGAGCUGCGACUGGAGUAAAUAUGAUCAGAAUAUGCUUGUUACUGGAGCAGUUGACUGUAGUUUAAGGUGCUGGGACCUAAGAAAUAUCCGACUGCCAGUACAUCAUCUCGUUGGCCACACUUAUGCCAUACGGAGAGUUAAAUUUUCUCCAUUUCUUGCAUCCAUGUUGGCCUCUUGUUCAUAUGAUUUCAGUGUCAGGUUUUGGGAUGUUUCCAAGCCUGAUUCGGUUCUUGAAACAGUGGAACACCACACAGAGUUUGUAUGCGGCCUUGAUUUCAGCUUGCAUAUUCCCGGUCAGGUUGCAGACUGUGCUUGGGAUGAGACAGUGAAGAUCUAUACGCCAGCUUGCCUUACAGUUUAGAGAUUAAACUUGGCAUCACUGGAAGAGUUAGGACAACAGCUCCUGAAUGAAGUGCUCUAGGUUACUGUUUGAUUCAUUUGUGUAUAUAUGCAACGUUUUAGAAUUCAUAUAAAGUGAACAGGUAUGUAUGGUGAACUUGUAAGCUCUUCACCAACUUAAUAUAAAGUGAAAUGUACAGUUGGAAUUUUUUUUAUUGUUGCCUUUCAUUUGAAGGCGAUGAAUAAUUGAAAGCUGUUGUAUUGUAGGACUGGCUAAAACAAUGCAGCAAUACUAUUUUAUCUCCUCACUUGACAGACUGCUUGGAAAAGUGGGUGCAAUUAAACUUGGUAGUUAAUACAUCUAUUUUUAAUAAUAAUUUAUGUGAUUUAUGACCUUGUGCCUAACCAUUGAGAAGUUUGGAAAUGAAACAGUUGGACUAUACACUGGGAAAAUGUUUGAAUGCAAGAUGACGUUUCACUCAUACGUUUCACUUCCUGUUUGGGUUUUGACUCUUAUCUGCUCAAGGUAUAUUUAUAUUCCUCCCCUUCCCUGGGGACUGGAGUCUACAAUGGACUAGAAUGUGGCUUUUCAGCCUUGUGAAUUGUUUGAUGGGAAUCUUCUCUUUUCUGACUGCAUGGACCUGAAGUGAGUUUCAACAGAUUUACUCCAGACCUUGAUGGGUUAGGACUGUAAAAUAAAACCCUGCCGCACAUUGGUACUAUCAUGACAACUACACUUUUGAUGUGAGAAAUUGAAGAAUUCUGGUGAAGUGGAAAGUGCCUUUGUGGGAGGAGCUGACCCACGUUGUGAAAUGGAUGACCAAUUAAUCUGUUUUUUGACAAUAUUGGCUGAAGGAGGAGCUUUGACCAAUAGGCCAGGAGAUCCUUGAAAAGUAAUGUCAGAAGGUCCACUGAAAGACAGAGACAGGUUUAACUUUCUGAAAAAUAUUCCUGGAACAACUUUAUAAAUUAAAGCUGUUUACAGGAAUAGACAGGAACUUGAACAAAGUAGAAUUUCUGAACACUUUUUGAAAUUUUAAAAUAAUGAAAUUAAUUUUAACUCUGCUGUAGAAAGAGCUGUUCAUUUUUCAGAAUAUUUGGAUUAUUUUUGAC